GGGGAAACAAAUAAAACCACGAGAGGCGGCGGGCGGUGGCAAGACGCGAACUUGAGUCUCGAGCCACUGCGCCUCAGACCCACUGCCCAGCUCCUUCAAUUCUCGGUAACCCCAACCCCCAGCCCAGGCCGGACCACACGAGCCCGCCAGCGCACCUGUUGUCCCCGCCCGGACGCGCCGCGCACCGUUUUCCCACCCGGGUCUGCUUGGAGCAGCCUUCACCCUCAAGCCAGCACCAGCCCCUUCCAGGCCGGUGGAAGCAAGAUGAAGGCGGCCCGCUUCGUGAUCCGCAGCGCCGGCUCGCUCAGCGGCGCGGGCCUGGUCCCCCGAGAGGUCGAGCACUUCUCGCGCUACAGCCCGUCCCCGCUGUCCAUGAAGCAGCUGCUGGACUUUGGUUCAGAAAAUGCAUGUGAAAGAACUUCUUUUGCAUUUUUGCGACAAGAAUUGCCUGUAAGGCUCGCCAAUAUCCUGAAGGAAAUUGAUAUCCUCCCUGAUCGAUUAGUAAAUACCUCUUCAGUGCAGUUGGUUAAAAGCUGGUAUAUCCAGAGCCUGAUGGAUCUGGUGGAAUUUCAUGAGAAAAGCCCAGAAGACCAGAAAGCUUUAUCAGACUUUGUAGAUACACUCAUCAAAGUUCGAAAUAGACACCAUAAUGUUGUCCCAACGAUGGCACAAGGAAUCAUAGAGUAUAAAGAUGGCUGUACAGUUGACCCAGUUACCAAUCAAAAUCUUCAGUAUUUUUUGGAUCGAUUUUACAUGAACCGUAUUUCCACUCGGAUGCUGAUGAACCAGCACAUUCUUAUAUUUAGUGACUCACAGACAGGAAACCCAAGCCACAUUGGAAGCAUUGAUCCAAAUUGUGAUGUGGCAGCAGUAGUCCAAGAUGCCUUUGAGUGUUCAAAGAUGCUCUGUGAUCAGUAUUACUUAACAUCUCCAGAACUAAAGCUCACACAAGUGAAUGGAAAAUUCCCGGGCCAACCAAUUCACAUCGUAUAUGUCCCUUCUCACCUUCAUCAUAUGCUCUUUGAACUAUUCAAGAACGCAAUGAGGGCAACAGUGGAACACCAGGAAAAUUGGCCUUCCCUUACCCCUAUUGAGGUGAUUGUUGUCUUGGGAAAAGAAGACCUUACAAUUAAGAUUUCAGACAGAGGAGGUGGUGUUCCCCUGAGAAUUAUUGACCGCCUCUUCAGUUACACAUACUCCACCGCGCCAACACCUGUCAUGGACAAUUCCCGGAAUGCUCCUUUGGCUGGUUUUGGUUACGGCCUGCCAAUUUCUCGCCUCUAUGCCAAGUACUUUCAAGGAGAUCUGAAUCUCUACUCUUUAUCAGGAUAUGGAACAGAUGCUAUCAUCUACUUAAAGGCCUUAUCUUCUGAGUCUAUAGAAAAACUCCCAGUUUUUAACAAGUCAGCCUUCAAACAUUAUCAAAUGAGCUCUGAGGCUGAUGACUGGUGUAUUCCAAGCAAGGAACCAAAGAACCUGGCAAAGGAAAAAGUGGCCAUGUGAAGAGGGACGCUCAGGACGCUUUAAGGGAUCAAAGUGGGUCUGCACGAAUGCUGCUUCCUGAAUGUUUGUGUGUGAACUCUUAUUUCCUCAAAAACAAAUGACAGCGCCAAAAACUCCUUGAUCAGAACACUGAAACCAUGAGGAAUGGAGCUCCUUUCUGUGCCCCAGGAGAACGUAGCAUAGGACUACAGGAGUGAAGAGAUGACCAGCUCCUUAUUUUUUUUAAUGUAGAGUAGCUCAUCGGUGUAUAUCAAAUCCUGAAGAAAUAAGCUUCAGUUUUCCAUCUGUUUAUCAAUAAGAAUGGGAAAGGGAGUAAGUGUGAAGACAUAGGUUAGCAAUUUCAAAAGACUGAGGACAUCAAAAGAUACUGAUAUUUGUUGAAUAUCAAAGUGUCAGUACACCAGCAUUUUCCUGCCAUGCAAAGAACUAGUACUUAAUUCACACUACGUGAUUAGACGUAUAUGUAAAUGUAUAUUUUACAUGUAUUUAUGUGCUCUAGGAAGGAAAGGCUGAUGACUAAAAUAAUGUUCACUUGAAAUGAAAAGGAAUGGGUCAAAACCUUUUACUCAAAGUUGCAGCCAGGCAUUGGCCUCUUCUGAUCAAUACAGUUCCUUUAUUAUGCUACUCUUAUUGUUCACACUUUUAUGUAAUAAGUGAACACUAGUGCCAGGUGCCUAGUCUCGGGUGAAUUGUUUAAUGUGCACUGAAGUUGGGAUGUCAGGGUUGGAGAGAGAGAAGAAUUGUCAGAGUGACAGCAAAAAUAUCUCUUACUGCUUUCUUUAUAAAUGAAACAGUCAAUUGGAAAAACCAAUGUUAGGGAAAGAAAUCAUGGAUUCAGAACCUAACUCAGUAUGAAAGGCUCUAAAGUAGUGGUGAUCCAAAAGCAUCCAUUUUCUAGGCUUAAAGAAGAUGUGUUUUUGAUAUAUUUAAUUAUAUUCUUUACACUCCAGGAUUAACAUGCCUGUAAAAAAAUUUCUAAUGAUCAAAUGGCUCAAGAAUAUUAGAAUUGAUAUACUUGUUGGAGCCUUGUUUACACUGCCUGGAAGUGAGAGGCUUUCAUGCCAGCGUGCUCUCCUUUGUGAUUCACUGGGGCUGAGAGCAGUGGGUAUGGUACUUUGGGAGAGUUAAGGUAUAAUGUACAGGUUGACAGGUCAGUCAUACAGAUUACCCUGAGAGAAGGAAUGAAAGAAGGAAGGAAGGAAAGAAAGAAGAAAAGGAGAUAGGAAAGGAAGGAAGCAAAGGCACCUUUCUGUUUUCCCAAAACAUUAUUUCAAGAAAUUAUCUAUAUUUUCAAUGGACAAAUUAUUGGCAGGAACAUGAAUUGGUGUCCCCCAAAGCAGUGCAGCUUUUUCAAGUGGCUCUUGCUCUUACAAGGUAAUAGGUUUUUAUGACAUAAACUCAUCUUGUCAAUUAAUGUUUAAGCUUGUAUAUGGGGAAAAAAACCUAGGAUUUUCUGUACUGUAAAAUAAUUAGUGCUGUUUGUAUGUUGAAUUUAACAUUGGUGUUUAAUUUUGUGAUGGCCUAGUGUUGUGGUGCUGCUGGUAGUGGCGAUAGAACCCUGAACUAUGUGUUGUGAAUUUCAGAUUUUAUCAUCAGACGUCCUCGGUGAUGCUUUUCUUAAUGGUGGGACUCCAGCUCAUGCAUUUAUUGAUUACACAAAAUUCUUUGCAUUGGGUUGUCAUUUCAGCUUUUUACUGAAAUUUGAGCUAAAUAUUUUUUUCAUAUAAAUACUUUCAUUUACCAAAGAUUUAAAGCAGCUGGUUAAUUAACCCAAACGCUGCAAACAAUUUUUAAAACACUAAAGGAAAAAAAAAAUGUUAGUCAUUGCAAUAAUACCAACUGCACGAAUGGAGUUCUAUAAAACAGAAAUAGUCUACAAUGGUGUUGGUGAAAUCUGUGGGUUCUAGGGAUGCAUACUGAAUGCUCAGGCCCACUUAAAUUAUUAAUGUACAAGUUGUGUUUUGUCUUUAUGCUAUGUACAGAGAAAUGUGAUAAUUUUUUAAUAAAUAUUUUUUAUAAUAGUA